AUGACUCCGUCAACAGACCGAUCAUCUUAGCAUCGCAAGUUCGCCACGAGGUAUAUAUUCUUGGAGCAAAAAGGCUCCAUGGUUCUUUAAGCCAAAUUGAAAUCUCCACUCUCAAAAAAAUGGCAAAAAAUUUAAAACCUACCACAAUGGCCGAAGAACUGGAUCUCAUGUCAAUUAAAUUGAUACUUGAUCUUAAUGAUGGAGACAUUAAUGAAGUAAACGCCUUGAAACUCUCUCUAUCAAAAACUGUGAGUCUCGUCAACUUUAACACUUUGAAAGUUUUUCAAAAAUAUGUCAAAAACGAAUCAUUUUGGGAAGAGGUCAACAGUGUAAAUAUAGAGCUCGCGCCUGCAAUGUCAGUUACAUCGGAGGAGACCUAUAACCGUAUGAUUCAGCUUAGCAAAAAUACAGAAGGUAGGCUUGCUCUCAAGCAGUUAAGAUUGACCAUUGCAAAAGAAAAAGUUAAGGCAAUUGAGGAGAAUGAGGACGACAUUACUGCAGUUUUAGACAUAAUGGAAAUCAUAGCUAGAAAUGUUAUAGCUGACGAUAAGUUAAAGCCAAACGAGAAUGAUUCAGAAAUGACAUGCUAUAGAAAAGUGGCAUCCAUUCUUGAUAUUCUACUGAAAGAUUCGAACUUGAACUUGCUAGAUGGCGAAACAAUAUGUAAAGCUAGCAAAUCUAUUGCAAAAGACCAUGAAAACAUCUAUGGAAAUAGCAUACCUUUAAAUCGAGGCUUCGGUCGUCGAAUCGAUCUUUUAUUGUCAACAAGAAAUAUUGAACUGUCAACUAACGAAUGGAAGCGAAAGAAAGUUACUCAGGAGCAAUGCCUGAUUCAGCAAGCAAAAAAUAUUAGAAUGAACAAAGCCAUUCUUAGUAGACUUCUUGAACUACCCCUUUCUGAAAAUGAUUCUAAAAAUGUUUAUACGCUUGGCCCACGUGGUUACAUGUUUGCUGUAAAGAAAAUCAAUAAUAUCUACGUAGCCAAACACACCAACAACCUUUCCAUACCAGAAUAUCUACAUCAAUUGCCUUCGUUCAUAGCCACGCUCAAAAACUUGUAUAUUUGGAAAAAUCAUCAUACCAAGUUACAGGAUACAAUUUUAAUAGGAGUGAUUGCAAAAGAAGACGACGACUUUUUUUUAAGCAUCGCUAGUGGUACUGAUGAUGCUGGUAGUGCUUCAAAAGAACUGUCACCAAAUAUAUAUUUAACUCCUACAAAGGCUAAAAAAAACAAUUAAGCCUAAUAAAAUGAUACAUGAAGAAGAGAGUGUGUUGAGUUGCUUUUUCCUUUAUGUACUAAUAUUUAAGUCUUGAAGUACAC